CCCGCGCGGCCCCUUAUUCGCUCCGACAAGGUACAAAAAGGCUCUGGACGGCGGCGUGGUAGGAGGACGGGAGCGGGGGCGGGAAGUUCCCUGAAGGAGCGAGACAGGGAGGGACAGGGCAGAGGAGGAGAGGAAGGCGAUGCGACGGACAGGCGCUCCCGCCCAGGCUGACUCUCGGGGGCGAGGUCGAGCCAGGGGCGGCUGCCCUGGGGGCGAGGCGACGCUGUCUCUACCUCCACCUCGCGGCGGAACCCGAGGACAGGAGCCUCAGAUGAAAGAAACAAUCAUGAACCAGGAAAAACUCGCCAAACUGCAGGCACAAGUGCGCAUUGGUGGGAAAGGAACUGCUCGCAGAAAGAAGAAGGUGGUUCAUAGAACAGCCACAGCAGAUGAUAAAAAACUUCAGUUCUCCUUAAAGAAGUUAGGGGUAAACAAUAUCUCUGGUAUUGAAGAGGUGAAUAUGUUUACAAACCAAGGAACAGUGAUCCACUUUAACAACCCUAAAGUUCAGGCAUCUCUGGCAGCGAACACUUUCACCAUUACAGGCCAUGCUGAGACGAAGCAGCUGACAGAAAUGCUACCCAGCAUCUUAAACCAGCUUGGCGCAGAUAGUCUGACUAGUUUAAGGAGACUGGCCGAAGCUCUGCCCAAACAAUCUGUGGAUGGAAAAGCACCACUUGCUACUGGAGAGGAUGAUGAUGAUGAAGUUCCAGAUCUUGUGGAGAAUUUUGAUGAGGCUUCCAAGAAUGAGGCAAACUGAAUUGAGUCAACUUCUGAAGAUAAAACUUGAAGAAGUUACUGGGAGCUGCUAUUUUAUAUUAUGACUGCUUUUUAAGAAAUUUUUGUUUAUGGAUCUGAUAAAAUCCAGAUCUCUAAUAUUUUUAAGCCCAAGCCCCUUGGACACUGCAGCUCUUUUCAGUUUUUGCUUAUACACAAUUCAUUCUUUGCAGCUAAUUAAGCCGAAGAAGCCUGGGGAUCAAGUUUGAAACAAAGGUUAAUAAAGUUCUUUGCCUAG